AUGUCUGCCGAUCGGAAGGCCGUAAUAAAAAACGCUGACAUGCCUGAGGACAUGCAGGCUGAUGCCAUUGAGGUGGCUCUGCAAGCAAUGGAAAAAUUCAACAUUGAAAAGGACGUUGCCGCCUACAUUAAAAAGGAAUUUGACAAGAAGUAUCAGCCGACGUGGCACUGUAUUGUGGGUCGAAACUUUGGCAGUUACGUUACUCAUGAAACUCACAGCUUUCUAUAUUUUUACUUUGGCCAGGUCGCGAUUCUCCUUUUCAAAUCAGGGUGA